AUGGUGGCAGAAACAAAACUUUACGAUGCUUUAGGCAUUAAGCCUUCUGCCAAUCAACAAGAAAUUAAAAAGGCAUAUCGUUUAAUGGCAAUGAAACAUCACCCCGACAAAAAUAAGGAUAAACCCGACUCGGCAGAAAAAUUCAAAGAAGUUUCUCAAGCCUACGAGAUCCUUUCAGACCCCGAAAAACGCAAAACAUACGAUGAAUAUGGACUAGAAUUUAUGUUACGAGGCGGUCCCCCACCACCAGAUCCAAGUGCAAGUGGCGGUAAUCCAUUCGCGGCAGGAGGCAUGCCAGGAGGCUUUGGAGGAUUUGGUUCAUCGAGCGGCAUGCCAAGGGGUAAAACCUUCCACUAUGAUUUCAGCAGCGCGGGCGGACCAGGUGGUGGAGGCUUUAGUUUCAGUAAUCCGGAAUCGAUUUUUAGUGAAUUUUUAAGAGGUCAGGGAGCUGGAGGUGGUGGAGAGGGAGUGGAGGAUUUCUUUUCUACUAUGGGUGGAGGUGGUAUUCCGCGAGCUAGUCCUGGGGGAGCUGGAAAUGGUCGUUCGAGAACUGCACAAUCACAAUUCCGGGGCGCGGAACCGGCGAGGCAGAGAGCGGAAACGCCCGAGGUUACGACGGUGGAAAAACCUCUAGCUUUGAGUUUGGAGGAGUUGUUUAAGGGUUGUCAUAAGAAGAUGAAGAUUAAGCGGAAGACGUUUGAUCCCGAAACGGGCAAGAGACAAACUACAGAUCGAAUUUUGGAGAUGGACAUUAAACCGGGUUUGAAGAAGGGAAGUAAGAUUAAGUUUAAGGGAGUAGGUGAUCAGGAGGAGGGUGGUCAGCAGGAUUUACAUUUCGUUAUCGAAGAGAAAAAACACCCCUACCUAACACGCGAUGGAGAUGAUCUAAUCAUGACGGUCGAUCUCGAUCUUAAAGAAGCACUCACAGGUUGGAAUCGUACUGUUACAACCAUCGAUGGUAAAAACAUCUCGCUCGAUAAAGGAGGACCCACUCAACCUGGUUCCUCGGAUUCAUAUCCAGAUUUGGGUAUGCCGCUGAGCAAACAGCCUGAUAAGAGAGGAAACUUUAUCAUCAAGUAUAAUGUAAAGUUCCCGACGAGUUUAACAGUGGAGCAGAAGAGAGCUUUAAGGGAGAUGUUGUAG